AUGCUUGCCCCGGGAGCUGGGAAUGUGAGCUUGAGGACAGUCAGCUCAAGCAGACCGCAACUAUUUCGCUCCGAGUCGCAACAGUCCGCGGCCGCUUCGGAUGACUACUACUCACUCUCCAACCACACACCUACUACACGGUCAACGAGUGGUGCGAGUGGCGCCAGUAGCAGAAGUCGAGCGACCGUAGUGCGAUAUGCAACGCCGAAUUCGCAUCCUGUAUCGCGGACCUCAUCGCCCACCGUGUCUCGGACGCUGCUAGCCCCUCCCGUUCCUGUCCCGAGAGCAGAACAGAACCUGGACAUACCGGCCGAGCAGCGGGAAACCCAUGUUACCCAGAUUGAUAGUGCAACGCAAUCGACCGAGAACAGGAAUGUAAAUCCACAUCCCAGUUUAUCCUUGGACGGGGCUGGUGGAGGGCAUCCGACAGACAGUUAUGCGGGGCGAGGACCGACUCCCGGGAACGAUGAUUCGCCGUACAUUCGCUUCGCUAUCAAUCAGCUCACCAGAGAAGGGGAAGAGGAGGAUGCAAGAAGGUCGACCGAAAGUGAACUUGGGUCGACUCCGACUGAGCGCUUGGUCUGGGAUGGCGGGUUGGGCCAUUUUGUCCGUGCCCCAACGCCUGCACUGCAGCAGCCGCAGCAGCAGCAAUUGCCGCCAGAAAGGGACCCUCAGAUUUCCGUUGACCCAGAGGCGUUUGUUGCAGUUGACCCGCCGGAGGGGAACUUAAUAUACCCACCGCUAGAUUUUGUACCUGUUAUACUUCGACCAUGGGCAUUGGGCAUGGCAAUCGUUUGUGUUCUGCUGAUGAUCGCCGGCAUUGCCUUUAGCAAUGUCUGGUCUCAAGAUCACCAAGGCUUCUGGGGGUACGACGGGCGAGGCGGUUCGCGGUACUUUGUGGUGGAAUUUCUCCCUCAAAUUCUGGGGAUUUUCAUUUCCAUUUUGACAUUCGUCAUCCAAGCUGCGGUUUAUCGCAUAAUACCUUUCGCGAUAAUGGGAUCCGAGCGGCCUUACAAAAAGGUUCUACAGGGUUUAUCGAUUGUGCCAAAAAAUUUCUUACUUCCGGAUCUGUCGCAUUUCAUUCAUGGCGAGGCGUUGGUAGGAUUUUCGUUAUUCUCUAUAUGGCUUUCCAACUUCAUCGCGGUGCCACUCCUUGGUUGUCUUUACCAAGUUAAGUGGUUUGUUAUAGAUGGUGAGGGAUCAUGGCGCUGGGCUGCAGUGACGGCAGUCGGCUGGGUAUUGAUAGCGGUCUACGGUUUGCUCGCAGUAGGACUAAUUUCGCUGAUGAUCCGAUUUCUACGGACGUGGUCGGGGUUGAUGUGGGACCCUAUCUGCCUUGCCGACUUGAUCACCAUUAUCCAGCGUUCGAAUGUUCUACCUGAAUUUGAGGGUACGGAGACUGAUACCGAUGUUGGUGAGGCAUUGAAACCGAGAAAGCUUCGACUGGGUUAUUGGAAGCUAUCCCAAGGACGUCAUCCAGAGAUUUUCUACGGAAUUGGAGAGGUUGGUGGUACGGUUGGAAACCCUUCCCUGCAUCUUGUACCAAAACACCGUCGAGAACAUAUCUCAAAAGUUUCUUUUGAUGCCGAGAAGCAAAAUGAAUCUGGAAAGGACGACUCUGAGGGGCUGUAUUCGCCGAACAUCCGUUACCGAUGGGCCCCAUGGUUCCUCCGAAAAGCCGCUGUUGUUGUUUGGACAGUUAUCAUCUGCGCGCUGUUUAUUGCGUUUGUUGUCGUCAGCUUCGUUCGCAACGGCGUCGAAGGAGGGUUUAAGCCACACUUGCCAACUCGGCCUUCAAUAAACGCCUUUUCCUCCUCCAACUUUCUGUACAGCUUCAUUCCCGCGCUAAUCGGGAACCUUCUAUUUCUUGCAUGGCAGCAUAUCGAUUUCUACUUUCGUGCGUUACAGCCAUACGUCAUGCUGUCUUCCCCCGAAGGAGCCUCGGCAGAGCAGAGCUUAUUACUGUCAUAUUCUUCUCUCUUACCUUUUCAAGUCACCCUCACGGCGCUCGCCAACAAGCAUUAUAAGGUAGCUUGGAUCUCUCUGAUGAGCAUUGUCUCUGGAGCUAUUCCAAUCCUGGCCGGCGGCGUCUUUAUCGCGCUUACCUACCCAGGAGAUGGGAUCAAGAUUGCAUCUGUAAUGCCCGCUUUCUACGCAAUUGUUGGGUUCUGUGCCGUUUACAUGGUUUCUUUUCUGGCUAUUUGGCCUGGACGUCGUCGUUAUCUGCCACACGAUAUCAGCACCCUUGCUGAUCAGAUGAGCUUCCUCUACCAGAGCCCCCUGCUUUCGGAUAAGCUGCUGCGGGAGCCGCGUAGCAGAACAGACCUUGUCACGAGGUUAGUCAUUACUCCACCAGGCGACAAGGAUUAUCCUAAGUACGGUUUUGGGAUUUACGUUCCCGGUGGUUUGUACCUGCCCAUGGAAGAGACCGUAACCGCUUUAUUCUUCAAUUCGUACAUUUACACACCUAGAGACCCGUUGAUACGACCGGGAUCGAUGGAACUUCUUCCUCAGUUAUAUGGAGCUGCCCCCUUUGGUUCGGCCUUGCGCAUGAGCUCCUUGGCAGUGGCCUAUUUUGGAGUUGCUGCCUGGACUGGACAGGAGAGCUUACUCCGGUCUGCGCAGCAGUGCUUUGGAAAGGCGCUAUCACUUACUCGCCUUGCACUGCAGGGAAAUAUUGAACAGAACUAUGAUGAUAUCUUAAUGACGUUGGUUUUGCUUUACAUUUAUGAAGAAUUUGUCUCUAUCAAAGAGAACAAGCCCUCGCCUAAACACCAUUUGCGAGGCGCGAUCGCUCUGAUAAAUAGCUGUAGACCUGAACGGCGAUCCUCCGCUUUAUCGGACACGCUGACCAAUGCAAUCCAAGGAGAGAUCGUAUUUUCUGCCAUCGAUGGAUCUUUGCCGAUGCUUCGGACACCUGAAGUUUGGCCAUUUUCACCUGGCAUUCCGGAGUUGGCGUCUUCGCGACUGAUGAUGAUCUCUACAGCGUUGGUGAAGUUGCAAGAACGCUGGAUGAAAUUCUCUGCUUGCGCAGAUGUAACGAAACUGGACGAGGUUGAGGCUAUUCUUUCCGACGCCCGCAAUAUUGAUGACCAGUUCAUUGGUUGGACUCACUCCUUACCCAAACACUGGGAACCGACCCCGGCCACAUUCUUGCCUCAGUCUAUCCGGGAAUCUGGCGCCUAUCAGGGCCGGUGCGACUGCUACGUUGACCUCUGGGUUGCAGAGACAUGGGACAACUACCGCACUUUUAGACUCACGGUGCUAAACAUCAUAUUCCGCUGCUUAUCCCUAUUGCCUAGUCGGGUGGAGGAUAUGCAAUAUACUAUAGCGACGAUCCGUACCCUGGCGACGGACAUUUGUGCAAGCGUGCCGUUUUACUUGGGCAGCCAAACAGGUUCCAUGCCGAUUACCGACAAGCGGAUCGAGUAUCCUUCGGCGUCAGGGGAAGCAAAGCAAUCUCCUCAACAUAUGGCACCAUUCGUAGGAGGGUGGUUUAUCAGACCUUCUCUGGAGAGCCUUUGCUCAAUGGAGAACCUUCCGGAGGAUAUGGUAGACUGGGCUAAGAAGCAGACAAGAAGAGAUACCCUUGGACGAAAAGCAAGCAAAAUGGUUGACGUAUUCUCCUGGUUCCGCUCAAAUCCAACCCCCAAACCCUCCGGCGCAGAAUCCACACCAUCAACGACGCCGACACCACAACCACAAGCCGAAGUGCCUCAACAACAACCCCCACAAAGCAAACCCAAGACAGACACCGAUGACCUCCCCAAACUCUGGACGCCGCAAACAAACACGAAGCUUUUCUUCGGCGGCGCGCUCUUCUUCGCCCUCUCCCUCUUCUCCACCCGGCGCGCCCUAAACCGUCGCUUCAGGGCCUCGAUCCCGCCCUUCUACACAACCUCCGUAUACCACAAGCCCGAAGUAAAUGGCGGGAUGGAGGCAUUCGAGGCUCUGCAUCUGGCAACAGUGAAUGUGUUGAGUUUUGGUAUGAUGGCUAGUGGCGGGGUUCUUUGGGCGAUGGGGAUUAAUGGGAUUGAGGAUAUGAGGGCUUAUGUGAAGAAGAGCAUGGCGCAGGGGGACAGGGAGUCUAGUAAGACAGACGAGGAGAUGGAGAAGGAGGUUGAAGCUUGGGUGAUGCGAUAUUUGGGGAAAAAGAUCGAAGGGGGAAAGUUGAAGGAUUUGAAUGAUACGUCAGGCGGGGAAGGGGAGAAGUCUACAUGA